GGAGCGUGUGGUCCUGGCUUCGCCUCGCCUCUGGAUGCGAUGAAAGGUCCCCGGGAGGAGAUUGUGUAUGUGCCCUGCAUCUACAGGAACACUGGGAGAAAGAAACCCGACUUUCUGGCCACCGUGGAUGUCAACCCGAAAUCUCCGCACUAUUGCCAGGUGAUCCACCGCCUGCCCAUGCCCAACCUGGGGGACGAGCUGCACCACUCGGGGUGGAACACCUGCAGCAGCUGCUUCGGGGAUGCCACCAAGAAGCGGAACCGCCUGAUCCUCCCCAGCUUAAUCUCCUCCCGCAUCUAUGUGGUGGACGUGGGAACUGACCUGCGAGCUCCCCGGCUUUUCAAGGUUGUCAACUCAGAGGAUGUCUUCUGGAAGUGCAACCUGGGCUACCCCCACACCUCCCACUGCCUGGGCAGCGGUGAAAUCAUGAUCAGCACCCUGGGAGACCCGGCUGGCAGCGGGAAAGGCGGCUUUAUUCUGCUGGACGGAGAGACCUUUGAGAUCAAGGGGAACUGGGAGAAAGGGGACAAGAUCCCCCCAAUGGGUUAUGACUUCUGGUACCAGCCACGCCAUAAUGUCCUGAUCAGCACUGAAUGGGGAAUCCCAAAAUGCCUGGGAUAUGGCUUCGACCCAAAUGAUCUGAAGAAAGGGCGCUACGGACGCCGCCUCAACGUGUGGGACUGGACCACUCACACCUACGUCCAGGCCAUCGACGUGGGCGAGGAUGCGGCCCCCCUGGAGAUCCGCUUCCUCCACAACCCCGACGCUGCCGAGGGCUACGUGGGUUGCACCAUCAGCAGCGCCAUCCACCGCUUCUACAAGACCGAGAAAGGAGACUGGGCAGCCGAGAAGGUGAUCCAAGUCCCCAGCAAGAAGGUGGAGGGAUGGCUCCUCCCGGACAUGCCAGGCUUCAUCACCGACAUCCUCAUCUCGCUGGACGACAGGUUCCUGUAUUUCAGCAACCGAGACUCCCGCCAGUAUGACAUCUCCGACACCCGCAAGCCCAAGCUGGUGGGACAGGUCUUUGUGGGUGGCAGCAUCACCAAGGGAGGACCCGUGAUGGUGUGCAGGGAUGAAGAGCUGCAGAGCCAGCCAGACCCGUUUUUCAUCAAGGGGAAGAGGGUGCCGGGGGGACCCCAGAUGAUCCAGCUCAGCUUGGACGGGAAGAGGCUGUACGUCACCACGUCCCUCUACAGCGCCUGGGACAGGCAGUUCUACCCCGACCUCAUCAAGUAA